AUGUGUUUGCAGGAAAGAGUGGGAAAGUAUAGCCAAGUCCAGCAGAGUCCUGCUGAGACGGUAUUAGAGCUGAAAGCUGUUCGAGCAGGUUACACGGUGAUCCGAGGUGUGAAGUCAGACCUGUACCUGUGUGUGAAUGCUGCAGGACUCUUACAUGCUGUGAGUGUGUUUGUGGAUGCUGACUGUUCCUUCAAUGAGAUGGUACAGCCAGAUGGUUACACUCACUUCCUGUCUGCUCACCAUGGACUUCCUGUGUCCCUCAGCUUUAAUGUUCCCCCUGGCAAGCACACACUCACCCUCUCUCGCUUCCUUCCACUUACCACUGACCAGUUUAUGGAAAAACAGGAAUCUGCAGAAACAUCCAGCUUUCUAUCUGCUCCAGAUUUUGAUUCAGAUGAUCCACUGGGAGUGAAGAACACACAUCAGAACCCGAGGAGUCCACUGUUCCACAUUAACCAAUAGGUUUGUAGAUCAGAAGUCGAGGACGAGGACAUUGCUCCUCCACAUGGACUAAUAGAAACACAGAGCAGUGCGGCUAUUUGUGUAGACUUGCACUAAUGACGUGAAAUAAGUAUAUUUAUUUAUUUAUUUAUUUAUUUAUUUAUGUAUGUAUGUAUGUAUGUAUGUAUGUAUUUAUUAAUAAUGCACUGUUUGUGAGUUCUAAUUUAAAAUUAAAGUCUCUUUAGAGGAAAUAUAAGCUUUAUAAUGAUUUCUUUAAUACAAAUGCUGAUUAUUGGAUUAAUGAAUGAAAUCGUUCACACUGAACUGCUGAUUCAAAUAAAUAAACAUGCACUUUA